AAUCAAUCAAUCGAUUAAACAUAUUACAUUCAUAAAUAAUGCAAAUCUUCGUUAAGACUUUAACUGGUAAGACCAUUACGCUCGAAGUUGAAUCUUCUGACACUAUUGACAAUGUCAAGUCUAAAAUUCAGGAUAAGGAAGGUAUUCCACCUGACCAACAACGUUUGAUUUUCGCCGGUAAGCAAUUAGAAGACGGUAGAACUCUUUCUGACUACAACAUCCAAAAGGAAUCCACUUUGCACUUGGUUUUGAGAUUGAGAGGUGGUAUGCAAAUUUUCGUCAAGACUUUGACCGGUAAGACUAUUACCCUCGAGGUUGAAUCUUCUGACACCAUCGACAACGUUAAGUCCAAGAUCCAAGACAAGGAAGGUAUCCCACCUGACCAACAGCGUUUGAUCUUUGCUGGUAAGCAAUUAGAAGACGGUAGAACUCUCUCCGACUACAACAUCCAAAAGGAAUCCACUUUGCACUUAGUUUUGAGAUUGAGAGGUGGUAUGCAAAUUUUCGUUAAGACUUUGACCGGUAAGACCAUCACUUUGGAAGUCGAAUCUUCCGACACCAUCGACAAUGUCAAGUCUAAAAUUCAGGACAAGGAAGGUAUUCCACCUGACCAACAACGUUUGAUUUUCGCCGGUAAGCAAUUAGAAGACGGUAGAACUCUUUCUGACUACAACAUCCAAAAGGAAUCUACCUUGCACUUAGUUUUGAGAUUGAGAGGUGGUAUGCAAAUUUUCGUCAAGACUUUGACCGGUAAGACUAUUACCCUCGAGGUUGAAUCUUCUGACACCAUCGACAACGUUAAGUCCAAGAUCCAAGACAAGGAAGGUAUCCCACCUGACCAACAGCGUUUGAUUUUUGCUGGUAAGCAAUUAGAAGACGGUAGAACUCUUUCUGACUACAACAUCCAAAAGGAAUCUACCUUGCACUUGGUGUUGAGAUUGAGAGGUGGCCAAUAGAUGUUUUUUUUAUUUAGGAGACUAUAGAUUCUUUGAUAUGUGAAACGAUAAUACUACGAGUCCCUG